AUGGCGUCAGUAGACAAUGACGAUCUAUCAUCAAGUGCCAAAAUAACAGAAGAUAUUGAAAAAUUGUCGGUGGCUGGCAAUGACAAUCAAAUGGAAAACAAAACUAAGAAUAUUUAUGACGAUAAUAAAAAUCACAACAAUCCUGAGAACAGUGAAGCUAAGCUAGAUAAUAAACAGGAUGAUGAAUUUAAGCCACAUUUGACCGGAUUCGAAAUUCGGGAUCUUUAUAAAAUCGCAUUGAAUUUUUACAAAGAAAAAGAAGGAAAAGCUGUGCACCUUUCAUACGAAGACAAGCUUAAGCUAGUAGCGUUCACCCAACAAGCAACCCACGGAAAAUGCACCCCGGAAAAUUCUCCAGAGCUAGGAGUACUCGACGUGAUAGGAAAGGACCGUCGCUUGGCAUGGCAAAACCUCGGCGACAUAACCAAAGACCAGGCAAUGGAAGGUUUCGUCGUUCUUCUGGACAAGCUUUGUCCUCUGUUCCGCACAGUAGUCGAGGCCCAGAAGCGGAACAUCGAGGAGCAAAAACGAUUGAAACAAGCGGAAGCUCAGAAGAAAUUAGACGAUGAAUUGCGCGAAAAGGAGGCUGCUGAAGAGAAGAAACGAGAAGAAGCUGACCGGGUUCAACGCGAGUACCAGCGCCGCCAGAUUCAAGACGCCUUGAAUCAACAAACUUACUACCAGUUCAAGGCAUAUGCUGAACAGCAGUACCCGGGAAACCCAGAGGAACAGGGGGUGCUGAUUCGCCAGCUUCAGGAGCAGCAUUACCACCGAUACAUGCAGCAACUUCAUCAAAAUCGGCUGAUGAUUGAUGAGUCCGCUGAGUUGGACAAAAAGGACCCUGAUCAAGAACGAGAACGAGAACGAAGUAGAGAAAUUACUGCCGAAGACAAUCAGUUCAAACCGGAUUUGAAGAUCAUGAUCAACGACGAUAACAAAACCGAAAUAAUAAUCGACAAUGCCAAAAGUUUAGACAAGAAGAAAAUAGAUGAUGAUGAAUUGGACGAUGAUGACAACGAGGACGACGAAAACGAAGCGGCUAACGACAAAAAUAAGAACGAUGAUGAGGAUUCUGAUGAUCAGCCCGAUUGGCCGCCAAUUGAGACACCCAAAAUGUGGACAAGGCCCGGUGUGGAUGAGUUCAAGAAGCUUAUAAAGCGCGAAAGUGGUGACGCUGUUAUUAAAGUCGGUCACGGGGAAACCGUCACUGUUAGAGUACCGACACACGAAGAUGGCUCAUGCUUGUUUUGGGAAUUCGCUACUGAUGGCUAUGAUAUUGGAUUUGGUGUUUACUUCGAGUGGUCUAAGCCUGACACCAACCAGGUCUCCGUUCAUAUCAGCGAGUCUGAGGAUGAUGAUGAUGAUGAGAUUUAUGAUUCUGGGGAGGAUCUAGAGUGUGGACCUGGAAAUGAAGAAAAUAGGACGGAAUUGAAGACUGCUGCUGCGCCUAUCAGUGUCAUCAUUCCGAUAUACAGAAGAGACUCGCAGGAUGAAAUUUAUGCUGGAAGUCAUACGUAUCCAGGUCAGGGUAUUUAUCUUCUUAAAUUUGACAAUUCCUAUUCAUUGUGGCGUAGCAAAACACUUUAUUAUCGUGUUUACUACACAAGACCUGGUUUCGCGAAUGAUUCAUCUUAA